UAGUCCAUCAACUCUAAAUAGCAAGCCGCAAUUUAUGUAGAUCUAUCAACAACCUGAACCCACGUAUACUAAGAUCAAUGAGUGACUUGGGUCAACACAUGUAUUAGUUUGUCAUUGCGCAGUUGACGCAACGUUGACAUUGUCCACUUCAAUUUCCGUGUGUCAACUAGCUACAACAGUAUUGUCGGCAUGAGAGGACAUGGAUGUGUAACUAACCAAAACGUGAUUAUUAUUUUUUAAUAGUAGAGCUGUUCCGAGCGUAGUAUUCUGAUAUGCAUGUGUACGGAUAAAUACCCAUUAUAUUUAUUGUCGCUAAAUUAAGGAAAUAAUGUUUAGGCAGAGUAAAACAGUUCUCCAGAAACUUCGAUCUUUAAGAAAGACACAAUGUAUAACGUGAUGCAACAGCUGAUGCAAGCCAGCAAUGGUCUCUCUCUUGGCAAAUCCAGUUUCCAGGGGCAUAAUCCAUCAUGGAGGUUCAGGAGCACCCCAGCAACAGAGAGGGCAUUGCAGUACCAGGCAGGACAGAAGAUCCAUGGCUUCACAGUCAAGGAGGUGGUUGAUGUUCCUGACCUGUUCCUUACUGCUGUCAAACUGACCCAUGACAACACAGGCGCCCAGUAUCUACACGCAGCUAGAGAUGACAAAAACAAUCUCUUUAGUGUUCAGCUCAGGACGACCCCGAUGGACAACACAGGGGUCCCACACAUCCUGGAACACACAGUGUUGUGUGGCUCAGAGAAGUACCCCUGCAGAGACCCCUUCUUCAAGAUGCUCAACAGAUCACUCUCCACCUUCAUGAAUGCAUUCACAGCCAGUGAUUUCACCAUGUAUCCAUUCUCCACACAAAACGGGAAAGACUUCCAGAAUCUCCUCUCCGUGUAUCUGGAUGCAGUGUUUUUCCCUUGUCUGGGGGAACUAGAUUUUCGGCAGGAGGGAUGGAGACUGGAGAAUGAAAACCCUACAGAUCCUAGUUCCCCUUUGGUCUUCAAAGGAGUUGUCUUCAAUGAAAUGAAGGGUGCUUUUUCAGACAAUGAGCAAGUGUAUGCCCAGCACCUCCAGAACAAGCUGUAUCCUGACCACACAUAUGGUGUGGUGUCUGGAGGGGAACCUCUGGCCAUCCCUGACCUCUCCUGGGAGCAACUCAAGCACUUCCAUGCCACACACUACCACCCCAGCAACGCAAGGUUCUUUACCUAUGGGGACCUGCCCUUAGAGCAGCACCUGAAACAGAUCCAUGAGGAGGCUCUGUCCAAGUUUGAACGCACUGAGCCUGACACUGCUGUCCCCAACCAAGUCCACUGGGACAGGCCUAGAGAGGACCAUGUGACCUGUAGUCCCGAUGUUAUGGCGCCUGAUGCAGCCAAACAGAACACACUGUGUAUGAGCUACCUGCUUGGAGAUAUCACAGAUACAUUUGAGGGCUUCACCCUGAGUCUGAUGUCCUCUCUGAUGAUUUCUGGACCUAACGCUCCCUUCUACAAGGCCCUUAUAGAACCCAAGAUAGGAACAGACUUUUCUUCUGUCGUAGGAUAUGAUGGGAGCACCAAAGAGGCAUCGUUCAGUAUUGGCUUACAAGGAAUGGCCGAAGAAGAUACCGAGAAAGUCAAGCAAAUCAUCAUCCAAACCUUUGAUGAGAUCAUUGCUAAUGGAUUUGAAGAGGAGAGGAUAGAGGCCCUGCUUCAUAAGAUUGAGAUCCAGAUGAAACAUCAGUCUACCAGCUUCGGCCUGUCUCUGGCCUCGUACAUAGCUUCCUGUUGGAACCAUGAUGGAGACCCGGUUCAGCUGCUGAAGAUCUGCGACAGUGUGACCCAGUUCAGACAGGCCUUGAAGGACAACCCUCGCUUCCUCCAGGAGAAAGUCGUGCACUACUUCAAGGAUAAUACUCACAGACUGACUCUGUCUAUGAGUCCUGAUGAGGCGUACCUGGAGAAACAGGUCAAAGCAGAGGAGGAGAAACUCCAGAAGAAGAUACAGGCUCUGUCUGAGAGUGACAAGAAAGACAUCUAUGAGAAAGGUCUUGAGCUGCUAUCGAUUCAGAGCAAGACCCAGGAUGCUUCAUGUCUCCCUGCCCUGAACGUAUCUGAUAUUGAGCCAACGAUAGCAGUCACACAUGUGGAGAUGGGCACUGCAGGAGGAGUGCCAGUACAGUACUGUGAGCAGCCCACCAAUGGCAUGGUCUACUUCAGAGCUAUGUGUAGUCUCAACAGCCUCCCUGAGGACCUCAAACUAUACGUGCCCCUCUUCUGCAGUGUCAUCACCAAGAUGGGCUGUGGAGGGCUGGACUACAGGCAGCAGGACCAGCAGAUUGAGCUGAAAACAGGAGGCAUGUCCAUCUCCACAUCAGUCAACCCUGACUACUCUAACAUGGAUAUGUAUGAACAGGGAGUCCUCCUUUCAUCUUCCUGCCUGGAGAGGAAUCUUCCUGAUAUGUUUCACCUGUGGAGUGACAUAUUCAACAGCCCGCACUUUGAUGACGUGGAGCGUCUACGUGUUCUGGUCAUGAUGUCGGCUCAGGAACUGGCCAAUGGGAUCUCUAAUUCUGGUCACAUGUAUGCCAUGACACGGGCAGCUCGCAACCUUACCCCAACAGGAGAACUACAGGAGACCUUCGGAGGGAUGGAGCAGGUCAAGUUUAUGAAGAGGGUCGCAGAGAUGCCAGACCUCACCCAAGUUCUACGGACACUUCCUAGAAUCAAGAGACACAUUCUCAACCCACUGAACAUGAGAUGUGCGGUUAACGCAACACCACAGAAGAUGUCUAAUGCCGCUGGACAGUUGGAUAACUUAAUGUGUAACGUUUCUUCCAAUAAGAAGGAUCGCAAACCAGUCCAGUCCAAUAUCACUGAGAGACCUCUUGACUCACUGGCACCCCCUGGAUCUGGCCCAAGCAGAAAACUUGUCGCUGAGCCCAACUUCAAGCCCUGCCAGAUGAAGACAUUUUUCCCAAUGCCCUUCCCAAUCAACUUUGUCAGCGAGUGUAUCCGCACCGUGCCCUUCACCCAUGAGGACUGUGCCAGCCUGAAUAUCCUGGCCCGGAUGAUGACGUCUAAGUACCUGCAUGGAGAGAUCAGAGAGAAGGGUGGGGCCUACGGUGGAGGGGCCAGGAUGGGAGGAGGACUAUUCACCUUCUAUUCAUACAGAGACCCCAACACGGUGCAGACUCUGUCAGCAUUCCGUAAGGGUGUGGACUGGGCCAUAUCAGGACAGUUUACCCAGCAGGACAUCAAUGAGGCCAAGCUGUCCGUGUUCUCAGCCGUGGACUCCCCCGUCGCCCCCUCCGAUAAAGGUAUGGGCCGCUUCCUGAGUGGAAUCACAGACGAGCUGAAACAGGCCCACAGAGAGAGACUCUUUGCAGUCACAGACAAGAACAUUGUCGAUGUUGCUGGCAGGUACCUUGGCAUUGGACAAAGGACAUGUGGAGUUGCUAUUCUGGGCCCUGAGAAUGACAUCAUCAAGAAAGACCCCUCGUGGGUGGUAAAAUAACCAGACAUAGAAUUAUACACUUAUCUAUUUUACAAUUAAGCGACUUCAGAGGCACUGUGUCAUAAGAUGGUGAACAUCAAUGUUACUUGAUUGUCCUGAAUAACUGGACUGUGUCCGGUAAUAAUAUAACUUGAAUUGUAUUGAAUUAACCAGAAAGUCUAUUUGGUUUAUGACAACAUACAUUUAAUUUAUUAGUGUACUUUCUAGACAUAGACUCACCUCUGGUUUCUAAAUGUAUGCAAGUAUGUACAAAGAUGGUCUAUUGAAAUACUGUAUUUCCAUAGGGUGCAUAUAAUGAAUACUGAACAAAAAUAUACAACACAACAUUUAAAGUGUUGGUUUCAUGAGCAGAAAUAAAAGAUCACAGACAUUUUCCAUUCA